CCCUCUCAAUCCACCCUUAACCUCUUAUCACACCUAAUUAUCACCAAUUGACUCCUCCCAUUCGCGUCUACCUGUCCAGGUGUCCCGGCUUUAUUUAUUUUCAUAUUUUUUGAAGUGUGUGAAAUCCGGCAGCGCGGAGGGUUGUCGCGAGAAUCAGGUGAGCCGGAAGUGAAGUGAAAAGUGAGGAGAGCCUCCCGCAGCUCACCUCUCCGCAGGUAAACAGCCGGAGGAAAGGAAGAAAAGAACAAAAAGAAACAAAAUGAGUAACCCCAUCCCGUCCAACCUGAAGUCAGAGGCGAAGAAAGCUGCCAAGAUCCUGAGGGACUUCACCGAAAUCUCCAACAGGAACGGACCGGACAAACUCAUCCCCCCUCAUGUGAUAGCGAAGGCCGAGGGUCUGGCCAUCAUCUCUGUCAUCAAGGCGGGCUUCAUGAUCACAGCCAGAGGAGGCAGCGGCAUCGUCAUCGCCAGACUGGCCGACAGACGUUGGUCCGCACCGUCCGCCAUCGGCAUCGCUGGUCUGGGAGGAGGCUUCGAGAUCGGCGUGGAGGUGUCGGACCUGGUGAUCAUCCUGAACCAGCGGAGGGCCAUCGAGGCGUUCACGAAGGGCGGGAAUCUGACGCUGGGCGGGAACUUCACCGUCGCCGUGGGACCUAUGGGCAGGAAUGUGGAGGCAGACGUGGCUCUGCGUAGCACUGCAGCGGUUUUCACCUACUGCAGGUCCAGAGGUUUGUUUGCCGGUAUUUCACUGGAGGGAUCCUACCUGAUCGAACGCAAAGACACCAACCGCAAGUUUUACUCCCAGGAAAUCCGUGCGUCAGCCAUUUUGAACGGCGAAGUGGAGCCGCCAUCGGAGUGCUACGACCUUUACCACAUCCUGGACGCCUACACCGAGGCGUACACCGCAGACUGGACCAGCAAGUUCAUGCGUUCAAAGUCGUCUGUCCCUCCAUCCAGACCUCCAGCUGCGCCUAAGCAGAGACCUGCCACCAGCCACCAGCCACCAGCAACCAACACCGGUGCACGAUCAGGUGCGGGAAGUAAAAACGCCCUCUAUCCCAGCGUCUCCAUCUCUAAAUCCGAAUCCUCAGGUCAGUUUGCCUCCAGAAACUCCCAGAGCUACGGUGGAGGAUCGUCAGUGGGCGGGGCCGGUGGGCAGCUGGUUGUCACGGCGACCCACCCCUUCACGGGCCAGCAGCUCGGCGACCUGAGCUUCGUCCCCGGCGACCGAAUCACCGUUAUCACCAAGACCGAGUCCCAGUACGACUGGUGGGAAGGACAGCUGGACGACGGGCGGGUCGGGAUCUUCCCCGCCAACUUCGUCGCGUACUGAUGCUGCCCCCUGGGCGUCUGUGGAGGAAC